UUUCCGGUAGCAGCUCCUCCUUACGUUCUGUAUUUGUAUCUCCCCUCGUAUCUCCUCCUGUGACUGGCCGCUAUAAGAUCAUCGACUGGGCGGAGCUGCCGUGAAAGGGGAUACUGUCUAGGUUAUUAUACCCCUCCUUACAGACACACACAGCGGUGGAUGGGGGAGAGGAGUCCCCCUAAAAGAGAACGGCAGGAGAGGACUGUGGGAGGGCCAUUUAAUAACAGCAGAACUUAUCAUAUACUUCAGGCAAUGUCUAUGGGGAUCCACCUGCAGGAAGAGGCCUCCUGAUCAUACACGAUGGAAGACUGUCUUCAUACCUCCUCAGAAAACCUCUCCAAGUUAGUAAGUUGGGCCCAUAGUCAUGGUACCAUUUGUAGCCUUAUUCCAAAUCUAAAGCACUUACUCUCUGAGGGCUCCCAUGGCACUCUUACUGCUAUGUGGGGAUGCAGUGCCGGACAUGCAUACCACUGGCCAUUGACUACAACUUGUAGGGCAGGCCCUCAGGAGAGAGUAUGCUUUCAGGACAAUAGAAGCUUCAACUCAGACAGUCCAAGUAUAAUUGGUGUGCCAUCAGAGACUCAAACUAGUCCAUUGGAAAGGUACCCUGGGAGGCCAGGAAAGUCUAAGCUCGACUGCAAUAGAACAAGAGACUCGUGCGAUUUUUCCUACUGUAGUGAACCAUCAGAGCUGGAUGAGCCUGUAGAAGAAUAUGAAGAUGAAACCACAUUGUUUGAUAUGGUAUGUGAAUCUUCUGCAACAGAUGAAGACAGUGAUUUUGAGAACAGAACUCAGCAAUCUCCUAAUGUUUCUCGCAAGAGGCCCAGUGGUGGUCUUAACUCUUCUGUUUCUGGGUCUCAGUCACAUAUUGUUGAUGAGGAUAGUAACGAUGUCAUUGUGAAGAAGAUCAAACAGGAGAAUCCUGAAGACUAUUACAUUGUUGCUAAUGCAGAACUCACUGGUGGUAUUGAUGGUCCCUCGUUAUCUUUAACUCAAAUGACCAAGCCGAAGAAUCAGACCCCUUCCACAACUCCUUUUAUGGGACCAACUAAACCACCUAGCAUUUUGCCUCCAUCUUUAAGCAGUGACUUAGACAUACAAGCUAUUACACCUUCCCCAUUAGUCCUACAAAGACCCCCACUCCAGAAACCAGUGAGGCCACUCUUGCCAUCACAAAGCAAGGCACCAUCUAAUACUCCACUUGUGAGUCAACAAAUUGGAAUUCAGAUGCCCGUCAGCACCUCCACAGGAAACCCUGGUCAACCUAUCAGCAUCCCUUUAUCUGCACUUCAGUUGCCAGGACAGGAAAAGAAAGAGGUUUCCGAAGAAAUUAUUCCACCUAUACUGAAACCUGCAUUGCCCUCUGACAUGGCGCUCUCACCAUCAGUUAGCACUGAGCCUGAAGUUAGCUCCAGUCAACAGCAGCCGACUACCAUCCCCAACAUCAACUGUGAGGGAACUGCACAAUCUAUUCCAGCAUACUCAACCAAACUCAAUAGGUUCCCCAUCUUUCAUUUUCAUGAUGACCUGAAAGAUCUCUGUAUCAGCGCUGUGAGCUCGAACACAACCAAAGCUACUCUGUAUGCUUUAAAUGUCUGGAGGUACUGGUGUAUGACCAGGGGACUUAAAGACUGUAUGGACUUUACCAAGGUCCCCGCAGUUAAGCUGAAUGAGCUUCUGGAAGAUUUUUACGUGACUGUGAAAAAAACUGAUGGAUCUGAUUUUUUGGCUACAUCUCUCCAUGCAAUACGCAGAGGCUUAGACCGCAUUCUGAAGAAUGCUGGAGCUGGCUUCUCUAUCACCAGCAGUGUCUUCAAUUCCUCCUCACAGAAACUCAAGGAAAAACUAAGAAUGCUUAACAAAGCCGGAAUGUCAGGUUCCCGGUCACGCAAUAUUGUCUACUUCACGCUAGCAGAUGAAGAGGAAAUGUGGAGAAUUGGGUGUUUAGGUGAUGACGGGCCUGUGCCACUGCUGUCUUCAGUGGUAAAAUACAAUAGUCAGUUUCUAAACAUGAGGACUUUGCAGGAGCAUGCAGAUCUAAUGUAUGGUGACAUCGAAUUGCUGACGGAUGGAAAUAAUCAAUCUUUUUUUGCUAGAACAGACAGCGUUAAAAGAGACAAACAAGCAAACCCUAAUAAGAUGUGCUACGGACAGAUUUACCAUGAGCAUUCAAAAGGACCCAGACGGUGUCCCUACUGUCUACUGUAUAAGUACAUGUAUAACCAUCGUCCACCAUCUCAGAUAGAAGCUAAUACACCAUUUUACCUGACUGCACGGAAAGAGGUCAGUGGAAUGGAAAAGGUCUGGUAUGAGGAACAGAGAAUGGGGCUUAGAUCUCUACGUGGCGUUGUCCCAAAGCUGGCAAAACGUGUUAAGUUAGACCAAUGUGACAAUUACACUUUUGUUUCAUUUACACAGACAUUCAGAAAGUUUGGUCCCAUCCACAAUUAUUAAGAAUUACACAACACACUCAAUAGGUUACUUGCACAAUGACGACCAGCAGGAUAUUCUAAAGAACAUGUCAAAGUCGUGUCAUUGACAUCGAGCCAGACCUACACUUUGUCAUACAAUUUCUUUUUUGUAAACUGUUCCCUAUUUUUUGGAUUAGGUUAACACGACUCUCACAUUAUAACCUGUGAUCAUUUUUCAAGCAUGUUAAAUUAAAAAUAGUGCCUUUUCACAACCACAUAAGAAGACCACAUAAUAGGGAGAGUGAAAAUACUUCACAAUAGCACAACUUUCUCAGAGCUACUAUGUAAUACAAUAAAUACUUGUUAUGUGAUAUUUCACGGACAUUCAUGAAAGACAUUACUAAGUCUGUUUGGUACCUCUAAUAAUACAACUGUUAAUGUUGAGGAGCCCCCAUAGCAUCCUUUUUACACACUGAUAUUAGUGAGCCUACCGGCUAGGUCGUCUCUAACUUUCUUGUCUUUACUAUAAAUGUGAUAUACAACAGUACUAGAGAAAGAGGCCAUGCCUACCACUCCACUGGGAGACUUACCAGCAAUACACAACUUUGAUUAAUACAAUGGCAACAUAUUUAACACGCCUUUUACUAUAGCUCAAAGAACAUAAUCUUUUGUUUUGCAUUUUAAUCCAGAUAGACUAGACUCUAUUGCAUAGGACUUACCAUCCUUAUACAUUAAACCUGGGCCUACAAAUUGCCUCUUAUUCUGAUAUUGUCUGGGUUCCUACAGUAAAUUAAUAUGGCAGAAUUAGGUGUUUAGAGACCCAGCACAUAUUUACAGACAGUGAAUAUUUACAGUCCUGUUGGAACCCACUUUAAAAAGGGAAUGUGUUGUGAUUUUAGUUUCAUCAAUUAGGUGAUAAAUAAUGAGUUUGGUAUUAAAGAAGCACUCCAGUUUUUUUUUUUUUGCCUAUAUAUUUCAGAAUAGGCCUUUAUUAAAGAAUAAGAUACAGACUGUUGUGUUUGCCUUGCGUAUACCUGUUUUAUAUAAUGUCCUAUUUAUGGGUUGUCCGCCCACUUGAUUCCUUCUCCCUGUAGAUAUGGUUUUCCUAAUCAAUUCUACAUUUCCCAUCAUGCCUGGCUUUGUAAAGACAGAGGAGGCGGAGUCUCACCACAGUGCACAGUGCAGCCAUGACACAGAGCUGCCGUCCCCUCACACUGCAUGGUCUCCGUGUUUUCCUGUGAUACAGCUUCAAGCUGUCUGUUCUCUUUGCUCCCCUGUCAGCUCUUACAUGUAGGAGGCAGGAAAAACAAACAGUGUGAAGCUAUAUCUCAUAGAACUACAUUGGAGAGUCAGCAUACACAGAUGGCAUAGACAGGCAGGUAGUGUGAGCUGGGAGUUUUAAAUGCCGCAAGGCCAGGAGGAGCAGAGGAUGGGAAGUGGUAGUGGCUCUGUCUGUAACAGUCAAUUACAACAACCCUCACACUGAUGCUCCAUAGGGCCAGGGCAGUGAAAGGAGGGUGCACCCUUUCUUCAAUCGGGGCACACCCUUAUGUUGGGGCUCCUGCCUGAUGGUAGUUGGGGUGCCCUUGACGUUAUAGGUUUAGUGCCAUUGCAAGGCAGGUGGUGUAGGGUGCACUGGCCAGCGUAUGGUGCCUGAGUCAGUAACCAGGCCAGAGGUAGAAAACAAACGUUACUCUUUACUAAAGUGCAGAAUGGGAAUUGUAGUAUAUCCAAUGGCAUCAAACACAGUUCCAAAUAAUUCACAGUGCAAAUCUCCCAGAUAGUAAUGUAUGGAUUUGAGUAAGGAAGGGAAUUAUAGUACUCUUUCCUCUCUAUCUUCCCAGAGUCUCUUUCUGCAGAAUCUGUGGCUGGUAAUAUUAUGUUUGCAGUGAUGGCUGUAAUUUCCAAAUGAGGGGUACAGGAAUAAGAUAUGACUGGCCAGGUCGUGUCUAAAUAUGAAGGGUCUAUGUCCCUCUCUUACUGCAGUAAAGUCAGUAGUUUUGAUCAGCAAAUAUUGUAGUGCUUAGCCAUGCAGAUUCUGCACCUUUUCUUUAUCACUAUCUGAGGUACUGUAGAAAUAGUGAGGUCUUUCCCUCAGUAAAUAAUCCUCAGGUGAUUCUAUGUAACUUUGGUCCAGUCCUGUGAGGAGUAGAGUACAUAGCACAGCUCCGCCUUCCUCCUCUAACUCUAGACAACAAACUAGACUCUAGACUGAGAUAGUGAAGGACCCAGGAUCUACACCUAACUUCUUGCAGGGGUAAUUAACCUCAUCUCAUCCAUCCAAAAGCUAUACUUGGUAUUAUACAAUGUAAUAAUACAUUAAAUAGCAAGAACAGUUUGCACGUACCCUGUUCUGCUUGGGUACUGCAUCUAUAACUGUAGCUAAUCACUGUAUACACUUACCUACUAUAUAUCUGCAGCCCUGGUC